GUCAAUUUGUGCAGGAAAUGGCGGUGAGUUCCUUGCAUCAAUGGGUGGCUGUGGCGGAGGCACAUCAAGUGAAUAUUGCCGAAAUGCCAAUCCCCUUAGUUUACGAGUGUAUGACGGAAGAAAAAAGUGACGCGGUUCGUUAUUUGCAUGUCGCUGAGCUGGUGCGUCUUGCAGAAUGCAUAGGGAAAGAGGCAACAGCAAAAUACCUGCAGUUUUCUUUUAUUGCAGCAAGCAAAGAUACCAGUUGGCGUGUGCGACACAUUGCCGCAAAGCAUCUUGGUAGUUUUUCUCGUCUUUGUACUCAUCCGGAUGAUCUUUUAGACGUCUUUGUUGCGCUCUGCGCGGACGAAAUGAAAGAGACACGUGCUGUUGUGGUGGAGCAGCUUGGUAUCCUUUUUCUUCAUGUAGUUUCAAAAGAGGUAUUGGCUAAAAUGUGUCUAGCGGUUGCACCUCUCGCAAAAGACAAGGAACCUGUUGUUCGGGAAAGAGUUGCAAAUAUUUUUUACGUGCUUCUUUCCCCUAACAACGUUGUGGAUUAUACACCGAAGCAACAGCAAGCCCUUUUUGCUCUGUUAACGGACGAGAACUACGUCGUUGGGCGAAGUGCCAUGCGUAACCUGGAGCUUGUCGCAGCCAAUCUUGGCAAAUAUCUGAGGCCCGGCAAGAAUGCUGGAAAUAGUGAGAGAAGAAAUACGUUGUCUGUGCCAUUGAUGAAUCGGCGAGGGAGACGUAGCAAAAGGGCCAUGAGCCUUCCUUCUUCCGCUCAUGCAGGCAUUGGUACUCUUAUACCGGCGCCCGUGGGGUCUGUCAGUGAGAAACAGAAGGAGCGUGCCGCACUCGUCCUUUCUGGAAUUAUUAAUCAGUUACAUAUUGUCAGUGAUUCAAAGAACUGGCGUACUCGUGAGGCAGUUGUUAUUUCUAUUCGCCACUUCUCUGCCGCUCUCACAGAAGAAGAAUUUAUGCCGCUUGUGUACAUUAUUCGUUCUCUGCUUCGGGACCCCGUCAGUGCCGUGCGGGCAAGUGCGGUGGAGACAUUAUCGGCGGUGGCGAACGCGUAUGGCCCUGAAUGGGCAGCUCUCAUGACAUUUGAACUUUUUCAGAAGGAAUUCGCGUUUAAAUCCCGCACGCCAUAUAUGUGGAGGGUGGUGGCGAUUCAGUCCCUCUCUGGUAUUCUCCCAGUGGUGAGUGGCCUCUCGCCAAUGGAUCUGCGCCGCCAGGAGCUCCUGCAGCAAUGGAUACGCUUGUUGCGAGCCUUUUCCGAGGACAACGUUUCAAAUGUGCGACUGGCAGUUGCCAAUUCUUUGGUAGAGCACUGGCAUUGGUACAGGGUGUGCGGCGUCCACCGGGAUAUCCUCCGCCAGUGCGCCGAGCGGCUGCAGCACGACAGUGACGUGGAUGUCAUGCAGGUUGCGGAAAGGCUGCAUUUAAACGCAUUGGCUGACGAGGGUGAAAACCGCUAG